UCAAUGUAGUCUUCUUCUAAGAAAUGGUGUUCAAAUUAUAUGACUUUUUUUUUCUCCAAAGUAGUUACUUUCCUAAUAUUUUAUUAUUCCAAAUGCGAAACACCUACCGCCGCGCAUAUUGACUCACCGAUCCCCUUUUAAUCUCGGAAUUCAUAUUCCUUUUUCUCGGCUGUUUGGAAUUCUCCAAAUCGCCGCCGAAUUUAUCUCUUUUCUUUCUACCCAAUUCCGCGUUUUUGUGUGGUGUGUUUCUGCUAAAGAUUAUAUUUGGUGGAAUUUCAGUAGGUUUUUAUUGUGAAGAAGAAAGUUAAUUUAAGUGGCGCUGAGUUUGUGAUGAUGAUGGUGGAGGCAGAAGAGGGAUCGCCAGCGGUUGAGUUUUGUAGAGCGGAGAAGGAACUAGCUUCGGACGAGUUUGAUGUAAUCGAUAUUGAUGUUCUUUGGAGACUCUUGGACGAGCCUUCUAAUCCUCCACAGGAUAAUAAGGUGGAUAAUUUAUCUCGUGAUAAUGACCUAACAGGUUGGAAUGCAGACUUCAGAAGACUUUUUCUUGGUUAAUGACAAGCACAACUUUGAAGCCUCAGAAUCAAAGCGGUUGCUUUCAGAUGGUUUUGUGGAAUCUGCUAGGAAUUCUUGCAAUCCAGAUGGUGAAAUGCUUGAAUCUUCGCCCCAGCUUAGCCUAGACAAUGGUCGUUUUGAUAUGUCUGAGACGCUGUGGGAAGAAGAAGAGAUUGGAUGCUCAGAAUCUAGGUGGGCCACUGCCAACAGUUUAGUGAAACAUGAUUGGAAUCCCAGCUUAACUUAUUCUGAAAUGCCUGAGCCUUCAUCAUCACAGAUUAGUCAUGAUGAUAGUUUUUCCUAUAUGGAUAUAGGUGGUGAUUUCCAUAAUUCCUCUCCUUAUUACAACAAUGACUAUGAGGACGCUCCAUUCGAGACACCUAGUCACAGAGAACAAUUUAAUUUUGAUAGUGCUAACCUUGUUAUUCAACAGUCUUCUGAUGAAAAAGGCACUAACUUAGCUUUGUUUGAGGAACACAACUGCACUGGAUCAUCUUCCUUCAGCAGUUUCAGUAAUGUUAUUCAUAAGCAAGACUCUUCAGAUUUUCGACAGUUGAAUCGUGAUAGAGAUCCAUUUCGAAUGGAAUACGGUGUUAUGCCUGCCAGAGAAUCCGCCAGUGGAAAUGAGACUGAAAAUCUUUUUAAUACCUUUUCCAAUGAGCACCACAGAAUACAAAGUCACGUUAAGGUUGAGAAGAACUUCUUAACACCAUCCUCCGACAUAGCUUCCAGAGCUUCUGAAGUAGUCAAGUAUGCCAUGAAUGGGCGUCAAGGCACAGAGUGGUCUUCGUCUAAGAAUUAUGGUAUCAAUUCAAAGGUUAAAACAGAAGAUGAACUUUUUCAGUCAAGGAGAACUCACCCUUCUCCUGGUAUGGCUGGUGAUAAUUCUGUUAAAAGUUCUGCAGCUGUUGCUCACAAUUGGAAACCUCUUCGUCAGGUUUCGGAGCAUCCUGGAGUUAUACCACCCCCAUCAGUUAGCUCAGUGAGUAAUAUCAUAAAGAUGGAAAAUGAGGUGCCAAAGUUCUCCCAACGUCAUAUUUCAAAUGUCAAUUACCAAGGGGCUCAGAGUAAGACAUCCGAUCAAGGCAAUGCUGAGGAUGAUUCUGAUUUGUGUAUUCUUGAAGAUAUGAGUGCUCCAGCACGUUCAAAUCAUGUUGCAAUGAGUGAAAGGUCGGUCGUCACUAAACAAGUUAUGAUGUUUAGGGAGCCCGGAACCCAAACGGUAACAACACAUUCAAGGCGGAAACCAAAUGAUGAAAGAGCCAUUUUCCGAGUUGCAUUGCAGGAUCUUUCUCAGCCGAAAUCAGAAGCUUGUCCACCAGAUGGAGUUUUGUCUGUGUCCCUGCUGAAACACCAGCGUAUUGCUUUAUCUUGGAUGGCUAACAAGGAAACAAGGAGUGCGUGUUGCUCUGGUGGAAUUCUUGCAGAUGAUCAGGGACUUGGAAAGACAAUAUCAACAAUUGCACUCAUUCUAAAGGAGAGGGCACCUCUGUCUAAAGCUUCUAAAACUAAUGUAAAACAAAGUGUGACAGAGAUGUUAGAUUUGGAUGAUGAUGGUGGUGGUAUUCUUGAAAAAGGCCAUGCUAUGGAAGGAGCUGAACAUGUUAUGGCUAAUGGAUAUCCUAUCAACAACUGCAAGAUACCUUUGCAAGCAAAGGGUAGGCCGUCUGGCGGCACCCUUAUUGUAUGUCCAACGAGUGUCCUCCGCCAAUGGUCGGAAGAGUUGCACAACAAAGUAACUAAAGAAGCUGAUCUCUCUGUUCUAGUAUAUUAUGGAAGCAAUCGGACAAAGGAUCCACAAGAACUGACCAAAUACGAUGUGGUGGUUACAACAUAUGCAAUUGUGAGCAUGGAGGUGCCAAAACAGCCUGUUGUUAAUGAAAAUGAUGAUCUCAUAGGUUCCUCGUCAUAUAAAGACUUCUCAUCUGGUGGAAAAAGAAAGCUACAAGAAACUAUGUUUGACAAGAAAUCAUCUAAGAGUAAGAAGACUCGCAAAGGAAUUGACAAUGAAUCGCUUGAAAAUGCAUCUGGUCCUCUUGCCCAGGUUGGAUGGUUUAGGGUUGUAUUGGAUGAGGCUCAGAGUAUUAAGAAUCACCGAACUCAAGCAGCUAGGGCUUGCUGGGGUCUUCGUGCUAAACGCAGAUGGUGCUUAUCAGGGACUCCUAUCCAGAAUGCAAUAGAUGAUCUUUAUAGCUAUUUCAGAUUUCUCAGACAUGAGCCAUAUGCCGUCUUUAGGACUUUCUGUGAGCAACUAAAGGUUCCAGUCAAUAAGAAUCCGAGGAAUGGCUACAAAAAGUUACAAGCGGUGCUGAAAACUAUAAUGUUGCGUCGAACAAAGGGUACACUUCUUGAUGGAGAACCGAUUAUCGAUCUCCCGCCAAAAACUAUUGAACUGAAAAAGGUUGAAUUUUCCAAGGAUGAACGUGAUUUCUACUGCAGGCUCGAGGCUGAUUCACGUGCUCAAUUUGCAGAAUAUCAAGCAGCUGGCACUGUGAAACAGAAUUAUGUCAACAUAUUAUUAAUGCUUCUACGGCUUCGACAAGCUUGUGAUCACCCUCUUCUUGUUAAAGGCUAUAAUUCUAAUGCAAAAACCGCUUCAUCAAUUGAGACAGUAAAGAAGCUUCCUCAGGAAAAACAAAGUUUUCUUCUGCAUUGUUUGGAAGGUUCUUUGGCGAUCUGUGGAAUUUGCAAUGAUCCACCUGAAGAUGCUGCUGUUACUGUAUGCGGACACGUUUUUUGCAAUCAGUGCAUAUCCGAGCAUAUAUCAGGUGAUGACACCGAGUGUCCAACCAAGCAAUGCAAAACUCCUCUUAAAAUGUCUAGUAUAUUUACUGUAACCACACUACGGGCUGCUAUGUUCGGUCAACUGAGUACGGAGAGUACUGCUGAAUGCCCUGGUUCCGGAGUCGCUGAAGCUUCCAAACCUCAAUUGCUGAGAUGUCCUCAAGAUUCUUCAAAAAUUAGGGCUGCUCUCAACAUCUUGCUGUCCCUUUCUAAACCACAGGAUUGUGCCACCGAAACAAGUUCCUCAGAGAAUAUCGGAGGUGGCAAUGGCUCAAAAAAGUUGUGUUCUGAAUCCGGGGAUGACAGCAGAACAUCACACUUAUGCAGUGACUCCAACAAUUCGGUCCAGGCUGUGGGGCAGAAAAGCAUAGUGUUCUCUCAGUGGACUGGGAUGUUGGAUUUGCUUGAAUCAUGUCUAAAAAGUAAUAACAUUCAAUAUCGUAGACUUGAUGGUACGAUGCCUAUUGCUGCUAGAGACAGAGCCGUUAAAGAUUUUAAUCUUCUGCCUGAGGUUUCGGUUAUGAUCAUGUCUCUGAAGGCUGCGAGUCUUGGGCUGAACAUGGUGGCAGCUUGCAAUGUGCUCCUUCUGGACCUAUGGUGGAACCCGACGACUGAAGAUCAAGCUAUAGAUAGAGCUCAUCGUAUUGGUCAGAAACGCCCAGUUUCUGUUUAUCGGCUAACUGUGAAGGACACAGUCGAAGAUCGCAUUUUAGCCCUACAGCAAAAAAAGAGGAAGAUGGUGGCAUAUGCUUUUGGAGAGGACGAAACAGGCACCAGACAGAGUCGACUCACAGUGGAAGAUCUGAAGUAUCUGUUCAGGGCGGAUUAGGGAUGUUAUAGAGGUUUGUUUUACUCGUAUUCUUUCUCCAUUCUUUAUCAGCUAACGACAGCAGCAGCGUCUUAGCUGAAGAGUAAUUAAGCUCUAGCAUACAGAAAAUCUCUUGGAAUCUUUACAAAGAUUUUCCCAGGUUUGACAUGAUCUGAUUUUUUGGACCAGUGAUCUUUCUCUUUGCUAAAAUCAUUGUGUAUAUCAAAUAGCUUAGAUACAUAUUCUAUUAUAUAUAUAUCAGUGGCUCUUCCUCUUCUUUGUAGACAUUAAAUGUUGGAAAGUAUAGUCAUUUUUUGUUCUUUA